AUGGGCUGGAGUGUCCUCUUCUCCCUGCUAUUGGCACUGACAAUUUACCGCCAUGAUGAGCUCUACAGCAGCUGGAUCAACCGCCAGUACCGCAAUGAUGGGCUCUACAGCAGCUGGAUCAACCGCCAGUACCCCAAUUAUGAACUCUGUAGCAGCUGGAUCAACCGCCAGUACCGCCAUGAUGAGCUCUACAGCAGCUGGAUCAACCGCCAGUACCGCCAUGAUGAGCUCUACAGCAGCUGGAUCAACCGCCAGUACGCAAUGAUGGGCUCUACAGCAGCUGGAUCAACCGCCAGUACCGCAAUGAUGGGCUCUACAGCAGCUGGAUCAACCGCCAGUACCCCAAUUAUGAACUCUGUAGCAGCUGGAUCAACCGCCAGUACCGCCAUGAUGAGCUCUACAGCAGCUGGAUCAACCGCUAGUACCGCCAUGAUGAGCUCUACAGCAGCUGGAUCAACCGCCAGUACCGCAAUGGUGAGCUCUACAGCAGCUGGAUCAACCGCCAGUACCGCCAUGAUGAGCUCUACAGCAGCAGGAUCCACCGCUAGUACCACAAUGAGCCCCAUCUCCAACGCAGGCUGCGGCAUUUCCCUGCUUUGUGCCGGAGCGCCGGAGAGCUGUGACCCAUCGAAGCCUGGAUCCUGUUUCUUUGUGGGUAUCAAACGUACUGCCGGACAGAACUUUGAGUUCAGCCUCUCUGGAGAGUCCAAAGGCUACAUAGGCUGCACGUUGUCAACCGACAGCUCGUUGGGAGGAGGGGAUAUUACCUUCAUUUGCGCCAACAACAAAGGGACCCUCAAAUUCAUCGGUGCUUCGCUUGACAAUGGUGCUUUGAGUAGACAAACUGUGAACGCAAGCUCGGUGAAGGGUCACAUCAACGGAACCACAAUCCAGUGUACGUUUAAAGCCACCGUUCCCGACACCACAGCCAGAGGGUCGGCAACGUCCUUUGCGUUAGCUGUUGUCAGUGGAACCUUCUCGCCUGGCACAGGUGACCUUGGAGCUCCUGAGGCCAAAGUCCAGACAAAAGUGCUGGACAUAGCAGACACCAACUCCAUCACCUCAAGCAUCCUAAACAGCGGCCGGCCAACCAACCAGGCACUGUCAGAAGCUCUGCUCAUCAUCAUAGUGACCAUGGGACUGGCCGCUCAUAUAUAAAGCAGCUUUGAAACUGUAUAAAUUGAUAAAAUACAUGUGGAAAUAAAAUCCUUAGAAUCAAAUUAUUUUUAUUUGAUGAACAAAGACGUUCAUUUCAUUAGAUACUUUUUUUUUUACAAUUAGUAAAAUGCCUCAAAUCGUUUAUUUAAUCAAAGGAUCGUGAUAAAUACAGCCCCAUGACGAAGCCUGAAUGUUAGCCUUAAAGAAAGAGCUAUUUAUUUUUCUUACAAUUAUGCCCUUUUUUUUGCCUUUGGGUGAGAGAUGAGUUUUUCUGUAUGUUUCGACACAUCUAUAUGUGUACUCUAUGUAUUGUGUUCUUCUCAGACAAACAGAUCAUCAGGCACUGAAUCAAUGUUUGUCCACUCUCUCUUCGUUGAAUGAUGCCACUGGAUGGCAGAAACGAUACUGGCUUGAAUGCUGAAUGAAAUAGUGAUUUUUUAUUAUCUAAGCACAAGAGGAAAGUGAUUAAAGUGAUCACUGCAUAUUUUAAUCUUGCUCACAGAAUGAACAGGCAUUCAAACACUGGUUGUAUCAGUUAAUGCACCGUGUUGCGACUUCUAAUAUGUUUUGCUUUGUUUGAAUGUUAAAUAAUAUAUAAAUAGCCUAUACCAGUCAACUAGAUUCUGUUCUUGCCUACUUUGUACAAUAAACCUUUUUGGGAAAAUAUGUUCGGAAAAAGUAAUGCAAACUUGCUUUACCUUAUUUCUUGUCAUACAUGAUGAUUGGGCCUAUGUUGGAUUUUCUUACAGGCUAGAGAGACAAAGUAGGCCACGGUCAAUAUUGCAUUAUGUCAUUGAUUAAAAGUUGACAUUGUCCUGCUCUAAAAGCCUUGUUUGCCUUGGUAGAAACGUUUGUUUAAUAUAUCAGCUCAUUAAUCCAAAAUAAAAAGAUAAUAAAUAAAUACUGUCUAAAAACUGAGUUUUUAAACUUGGUUUUAUUUGAAU